AUGUCGGCCGUGGACCAACUCAAGCAGCAGAAUGCUGCGCUGCAAUCAAGUAUUGGAAACAUUUCCAAAGUCGCUGGAUCGACCGCGACGAAGCCGGCUUCUACGACUCCGGCAAAGACAGCGACGUCGGCUACCAAAGCUACCCCUGUGAAGAAGCCUGUUGCGACAGCUACGGAUACCGCAGGAUCAGCUGCUGCACCAGCGAAGAGAGUACCGAGGAAGCUCAAUGCAGCGGGCGCGUCGGCUUCAACGCCAGCAAAGACCACGCCCGUGAAAGCGACCCCGGCAGCAUCCUCAACACCAGUAAAGAAGCCCGUAACCGCUGCUCCAGCAGGCAAACCCGCCUCUACCACCACACCCGUGAAGAAAACGCCCGUCACGACAGGCAAAACACCCGUCAGCGAAGCCUCCAAGCCCGCCCGCCAACGCACCCCCCUCGGCACCACAAAGCCCCUGCCCAUACGCAAGAACCCCACAACCGGUGCCGCGCAAUCGCAGCCCGCAAGCGCAGUCAGCAAGGCGCCCGUGAAGAAGACAAGCGCCGCCGCAACAUCUUCUCCCGUUGCAAAGACCACUCCGGCAGCGAAAGCAAGCCCCGUCAAGCGCACACCCACCAAGGUAAACCCCGACGGCACAGCGCCCACCAAAGUAAACAUCGACGGUACCUACCCAACCCCUCUUGACGUAAUACUAGCUCAUCCCGCUCCAGGCCAACCUACUCCUCAGUCUACCAUCGCUACCGCGAAGAAACAGCCGGGUAUCGUGGGUAAAAGUGUUAACACGGCUACGGGCACGCUGAAUAAGACUGUUGGGACGACGACGGGUGGUUUGAACACCGUUACCGAUUCUGUGACUACGGGUGUGAAUAACACGGUUGGUGGCGUGACGGGGUAUGCGGGCAAAGGACUGGAUAAGUUGCCGGGUGGUGUGGGCAAGCCGGUCAAGCAUGUAACCGAUAAUGUGGGUAAGACGGCGACGGGCGCGGUGGAUAACGCGUAUUACACUGUUGGGUCUGCGACCAAGGGGCUGCAGGGCACGGUUAGUAAGACGACGGGGGCGAUUGGUAGGGGUGAUGCGAAGGGGACUGUUGCUGGGGCGAGCAGUGGUGUUGGCAACACAGUAACAGGCGUAGGCAAAGGCGUCGGCAACACCGUCGGCGACGGGCUCGCUGGCCUGGGCAACACUGUCGGCGGUCCCGUCGGCGGCGUCGUCGGCAACGUGGGCAAAGGUGCUAACAACGCUGUUGGCGGCAUCACCAGCGGCGUCGGCGACGGCGUUAGUAAGCUCGGCAAGGGCGAUGUGAUUGGUGGCGUAAGCAGUACGCUGGGUGGUGUAGGAAAGGGUGUGGGUGGCCUGUUGGGCGGUAUCACGGGGUAUGGAGAGGAUAAGGAGAAAUGA